AUGCCUGACUCUGCGGCACUGGACCCCGCGGUGCUUGACUCAGUAGCGCUUGUCAGCAACGUGCUGCUCGACUCCGCGUUGCCCGACUCAGCCGCGCUGGUCAGCGACGCGCUGCUCGACUCUGUGGCACUUGAGCCACUCGUGCUGGUCAGCGACGUACUGCUCGACUCCGUAGUGGACGACUCGGACGUCCUGGGCAGCGACGCGCUGCUCGAUCCCGCGGUGCUCGACGCUGUCGCGCUGGCCAACGACGCGCUGCUGGACUCUGUGGUACUGGAGCCGGUCGUGCUGAACAACGAGGUACUGCUCGACUCUGAAGUACUGGAGCCAGUCGUACUGGUGCUGCUCGACUCCAUGGUACUUGAGCCAGUCGUACUGGUCCCGGUCGUGCUGGUGAACGACGCACUGCUCGACUCUGUGGUACUUGAGCCAGCCGCGCUGAUCAGCGACGUGCUGCGCGACUCUGUGGUUCUGGAGCCAGUCUCGGUCGAGCUUGUCGGCGAGGUGCUGCUCGACUUUGUGUCGCGCGAACCCGCAGCGCUGGACUCGGUGGCGCUCGUCAGCGAGGUACUGCACGACAACGUGCUGCUCGACUACGUGGCACUUGAGCCGGUUGUGCUGGUCAGCGAGGUGCUGCUCGCAUCUGAGGCGCACGACCUUGUAGAGCUCGACUCGGUCGCGCUUGUCAGCGACGCGCUGCACGACUCUGCGACACUUGAGCCAGUAAUGCUGCUCACGGUCGUGCCUGUCAGCGCCGUGCUGCACGACUCAGCGGCGCUCGAUCCCGCGGCGCUCGACGUGGUCGCGGUGUUCAGCGACACCCCGCGCGCCGACGUGCUGCUCGACUCUGCGGUACUAAAGCCGGUCGUACUGAUCAGGCAUUUGCUGCGCGACUCUGUGGUUAUUGAGCCUGACGCGCUGGUCGUACUGGUCUCGAUCGCGCAGGCCAGCGCGGCGCUGCUCGACUCAGUGGCGUUCGACCCCGCGGUGCUCGACUCGGUCGCGCUGGCCAGCGACGCGCUGCACAGCGCGGCGCUGCUUGAUUCUGUGGUACUUGAGCCGGUCGCGGUCGCAAUGGUCAGCGAGGUGCAGCUCGACUCUGCGGUAAUUGAGCCUGCAGCGCUGGUCUCGGUCGCUCUUGUCAGCGACGUGCUGCUCGACUCUGCGAUACUUGAGCCCGUCAUACUAGUCUCGGUCGCGCUGGCCAGCGCGGCGCGGCUCGACCCCGCGGUGCUCAAUCCCGUUGGGCGCGACUCAGUCGUGCUGAUCAGCGACGCGCUGCUCGACGACGCACUGCUCGACUCU